GAGAGACGAGUUUCCGGAUCUGGCCGAGUCGCCCCCUGCCUCCGACAACGAAUGUAGUGACGACAUUCAGCCUAGGCCGAGAGCAGCUACCAGGGAAAUGGAGGACUUGCUGCGAGACCCUAUAUGGCCUCAGUCAGCAGUCUCCUGUGUGAAGCGCAGUUUCACUGCUCUAUAUGUCUGGAUGUCUUCAGAGAGCCCGUGUCCAUUCCAUGUGGGCACACGUUCUGCAAGACCUGCAUUACAGAUUACUGGGAUGGCAAUGUGUGUCAGUGCCCACUGUGUAAGAGGACUUUACAUUCCAAACCAGAUAUGUUUGUUAACGUUUUGUUAGCAGAGAUGGCUGCCAAGUUUACAAAGUCGGCUAAGAAGAAAACUGUCAACAUCCAACACCUGCAGCCUUCCAACACAGGAGAGGUUUUCUGUGACAUCUGCACAGAGGAUAGGCUCCAGGCUCUGAAGUCCUGCUUGGUGUGUCUAGCCUCUUACUGCCAGAUUCACCUGGAGCCACAUGGGAGAGUGGCCUCCCUUAAAAGGCACAUAUUGAUCAAUCCUGUCGAAAACCCAAAGGACAGGGUGUGUGACAAUCACGAGAGACCCCUGGAGCUGUUUUGUAAGACCGACCAGACCUGUGUGUGUCAGUUCUGUACUGAGCUGGACCACCGGACCCAUGACAUGGUUCCUCUUGAGGAAGAGUGCAGGGAGAGGAGGGAUCAGUGGAGAAAAAGAAGGGCAGAAAUACAGCAGAUUAUUGAGGAUUGUCAGAAGAAAGUGAGUGAGAUCAUUUACUCAGCAGAGCUCUCCAAGAAGCAAGCAAAACAAGAGAUUUCAGACACCAUUGAGGUCUUCACUGCCCUGGUCGCCUACAUACAGGCGAGCCAGACUGAGCUGAUUGAGACAAUUGACAAGGAGCAGAGUGCAGUUGAGAGACGGGCCAAAUAUCUCAUCGAGGAGCUGGAGAAGGAAAUCGCUGACUUUAAGGAAAGAGCCUUGGAGGUAGAGCAGCUCCUCUACCAUGAGGACCUCCUCUAUCUCAUCCAGAGAGCCCCCUCCCUCCCCGUCCAUUCAUCCAACAGGGACUGGUCUGACAUUAGUAUUCAGAGGGAUCAGAGUCUGGGAAACAUUAGUAUGUCAUUGGUCAAGCUAAGGGAAACACUUGGUGAAGAAAUGGGGAAGCUGUGUGAUGAAUUUGAGCUGAAGAGGGUCCAACAGUAUGCUGUGGAUGUGACACUGGACCCUGAUACGGCACAUCCCCAACUCAUCCUCUCUGAAGAUGGGAAAGAGGUACUAAUUGGAAAUGGGGAGAAAAAUCUUCCAGUCAGCCCAAAGAGAUUUUCGUAUUGUUUUUGUGUUUUAGGAAAGCAGAGUUUCUCCUCGGGGAGAUUGUACUACUAUGAGAUUGAGGUGAACUGGAAGACUGAAUGGGAUUUAGGAGUGGCCACAGAGUCUGCCAAAAGAAAGGGCAAAAUUAUAUUGAUACCAGAGAAUGGAUACUGGGCCAUAUCAUUGAGGGAUGGAAACCGGUACAGGGCUUGCACUGAUCCCAUAGAGACCCUUACUGUGAAAGGGAGGCCGCAGAAGGUGGGAGUGUUGGUUGAUUAUGAGGUGCAUCUGGUCUCCUUCUAUGAUGUGGAGGCCAGAGCACAUAUCUACUCCUUCUAUGGCUGCAACUUCACUGAGUUUCUCUACCCAUAUUUUUUCCCUGGCCUGAAAAAGAAUGAUUUAAACAGUGCCCCAUUAGUCAUCUGUUCUGUUAAUAACAAAGAACAACCACAACUCUAAAAUUAACAGUCAGAUUAAAUGUUUAAUUUGGCAGUAAUCACCUAAAUCCCUUCACUUUUACAUGCUGUAUUUGGUACCCUCUGUAAUUGAAAACAAUUUGUGAAUAAUAUUCAGGGGUUCUUGUAUAAUCGCUUUUUAUUACAAGUUUAUUGUGUUUAAGUCUGUAGAAAAACAAGAAUGCAUGCAUAUAAAUAAUAAAUACGAUUUA